UAAUACUACCUUGGAAUCUCUAUCUUCUGUCUCUUUUCUCUUUUCUCCUUUCUCCUUUCUCUCUCUAACUCAUUCUUUCUCUCUAAUUUUCUGCAAAACUUAAACUUAAUAUUAUGUAUUCUUCUCAUUUCUAUCACUCUAUCUCCUCCCCUUGUUCUCUUCUCUGUUUUUCUCCCACCACACCAUCCACACUCCAAGAUGUAUCCAGUUUUUGGUCACUCAAAAAAAGAAACAACAACAACAACAGUCAACUUGGUUUGGCGCUCAGUCUCAGAUGUAAUGCAUUCUCCAAGCCUACAACCAAAGGGCCUCCGAAAUGCAGGACCGGCCCUGCAACAGAUUACAGUGAUCUUCUUCAAGAUGAACCUUCUCUGAUACAGAAGCCGCUUGAGUUCCCGGAGGAUGAAGUUGAAGGGUUAGCGAUCGAGGUACUGAAAUCAAGUAAAAUAAAGGAAAAUGUGGAAAAAAUAAGGGGAAUAUUGAAGACAAUGAACGAUGGAGAAAUAAGCAUAUCUCCAUACGACACAGCUUGGGUAGCACUUGUGAAAAGCAACAAUGGAAGUCCACAAUUUCCAUCAAGUCUACAAUGGAUUGUUGAUAAUCAGCUUUCAGAUGGUUCUUGGGGUGAUUAUUCCCUUUUUUCAGCUCAUGAUAGGAUUAUCAACACAUUAGCUUGCUUAAUUGCACUUAAAUCUUGGGAUCUUUAUCCAACCAUGUGCCAACAAGGGAUUACAUUCCUAAGGAAAAAUAUUAGCAAGCUACAGGACGAGAAAACGGAACACAUGCCAAUUGGAUUUGAAGUUGCAUUUCCAUCCCUAAUCGAGAUAGCUCAGAGCUAUGGAAUUGAAGUUGCGCAAGACUCUCCUGCUAUGCAAGAAAUAUAUGCCAAAAGGGAUUUAAAGCUCACAAGGAUACCCAAAGAAAUCAUGCACAAAAUGCCUACAACAUUGCUGCAUAGCUUGGAAGGAAUGGAUGGUCUUGAUUGGGAUAAACUUCUUAAAUUGCAAAGCAAAGAUGGUUCCUUUUUGUUCUCCCCUUCCUCAACUGCCUAUGCUCUUAUGCAAACCAAGGAUUUCAAUUGCUUCACUUACUUAAACAAUAUUGUUCAAAGGUUUAAUGGAGGAGUUCCUAACGUGUAUCCAAUCGACUUGUUCGAGCAUAUUUGGGUUGUUGAUCGUUUGCUACGCCUUGGAAUUUCUCGGUAUUUUCAACAUGAGAUUGACGAAUGCAUGAGUUAUGUUAACAAGUAUUGGACGGAGCGUGGAAUAUGCUGGGCAAGAAAUUCAGAGGUCCAAGACAUUGAUGAUACAGCUAUGGGAUUCAGGCUUCUAAGAUUACAUGGAUAUGAAGUUUCUGCCGAUGUGUUUAAAAAUUUUGAGAAAGAUGGGGAGUUCUUCUGCUUUGUUGGACAGUCAACUCAAGCAGUGACAGGAAUGUUCAACCUUCUUAGGGCUUCUGAAAUACAGUAUCCUGGUGAGAACAUACUUGAUCAAGCUCGAAAAUUCUCCGCCAAAUACUUGUGCCAAAAACGACUUGCUAAUCAACUCCUUGAUAAGUGGACUAUAACCAAGGAUCUACCAGGCGAGGUGACCUAUGCAUUAGACAUUCCAUGGUAUGCAAGUCUACCUCGUGUUGAGACAAGGUUCUACAUCCAACAGUAUGGAGGAGAUAAAGAUGUUUGGAUUGGAAAGACUCUUUACAGGAUGCCUAAUGUGAGCAACAAUGUUUACCUUGAGCUAGCAAAAUCAGACUUCAACAACACCCAAGCCCUGCAUAGGCUAGAGUGGAAUAGCAUCCUAAGGUGGGAAUCAGAAUAUGAAUUAGAAAAGUACGGUGUGAGCCAAAAAAGGCUUUUAAUGGGCUAUUUUUUAGCAGCAGCUACAAUGUUUGAACCUGAAAAGUCAAAAGAACGACUAGCAUGGGCUAAGACUCUGGCCUUAGUUGAAGCUAUUGACUUUGAGUUUUCAAAGGAGAAGACUUCACUUGACGAAAGAAGAGACUUUAUCGAUCAAUUUCAGCACUCUUACCUUAGUCAAGGUCAUGUAAGACAUAGUGGAAGGAAAGUUGUAGAGCUUGGUAAGAAGAAAGGGCAAAGCUUGGUGGGCUCACUAUUGAGUACUCUGAACCAGCUCUCGUUGGAUGCACUUUUGACUCACGGAGGAGACAUACUUAACCCACUUUUUCACGCUUGGGAGAAAUGGCUAAGGACGUGGGAAACGGAAGGCGAUAGGCAUAAAGGGGAGGCAGAACUGCUUGUCGAAACAAUCGAACUUUGUGCAGGACGUUGGAUCUCUCACAGUCACAACCAUAUGGCUUCUCAUCCACAUACUCGUUCUCUCGUUAGCAUUACUAAUCAUUUAUGCCAUCACUUUGGCCAUAUUCGAAGCCACCAUCAUAGUUAUUAUUACUAUAAUAAGCAGGUGCAGUGUACAAAGAUUAAUGGAAGUAGAAAUAAUGAGAAGAAGAUUGAGGAAGUGCAGGAAGACCUUCAAAAACUGAUGCAAAUGAUUCAGUCAAGCUCAAUCAAUGGCGCGAAUCCGAGUCUAAAGCAAACCUGUCUAGCUCUAGUCAAAACUUUCUACUAUACUGCUCAUUGCACUCCACAAAAGAUCGAUUAUCACAUUCACAAAGUUCUCUUUCACAAAGUUGAUUGAUUUUACUAGCUAUACUGGUGAUUUCGUGUAAUUACCACAAAUGCAUGCACAGUUAAAUUUAUAUAUAGUUAUACAGAAAAACUAAAGGAAUUAUCAUGUGAUACAAUAUGGUUUAACUUAAUUGCAAAUGAAGCUCAAUAAGUACCUUUGAUCA